GAGGGGGAGAGUACAGCUCAGCAAGAACCUCCCAAGCAGAGAUCUGAGAAGAAAGGGAGGCCCAGGAGAGCAAAGGGCUCUCAGGAGCCUUGCUUCUGGGCUUCUUGGUGGAGUUUUAGUGAAGACUGUCAUUUGGCAGCAAGUACCAAAUUGAAAAUGUUGACUUCACCAGAGCUGAAGGGUCUUGUCCCCUUUACGGCAGAGUCACUUGAACUUAUAGAGAAUCACAUGGCUAAAAAUUGCAAUGAAGAUCAUGACGAAGAAGACUUAAAACCAAGUCUGGAUUUGGAAGCUGGCAAAGAACUUCCAUUUACCUAUGGAACCCUUCCUCUGGGAACUGUGUCAGAACCUUUGGAAGAUGUGGACCCAUACUACUAUGUUAAGAGAAAUACGUUCAUGGUCUUAAACCGGAGCAGAGUAAUCUUCAGGUUCAAUGCCAUCUCCGUCUUCUGCACACUGUCUCCACUCAGUUCCCUCAGAAGAGCAGCUAUCAAGGUUUUGGUGCAUCCCCUUUUCCGCCUGCUCAUUUUAAUUAGUGUCGUCACUGACAGCAUACUUAUGUGCAUGAACAAUCUACCAGAAUGGACAGUGGCAAUAGAAAAUACUUUGCUUGGGAUUUACACAUUUGAAAUACUUGUAAAAAUCAUUGCAAGAGGUAUCUGGGCAGGCCCAUUUUCCUUCCUUGGGGAUCUCUGGAACUGGCUGGAUUUCAGUGUGACUUUGUUCGAACUCAUCACAAGGUUUUCACCUCUAAACACAUUUCAAAUGCUUAAAACUGUAAGAACCUUGAGAAUUUUGAAGAUUAUUCCAUUGAGCCAUGGCCUGCAGUCUGUUGUGGCGACCCUGGCCCAGUGUUUGAGGAAACUGCUUGGUGUCGUUGUCCUCACCCUGUUUUCCUUAACUGUGUUUUCACUACUUGGGAUGGGUCUCUUCAUGGGCAACCUGAAGCACAAAUGCCUGCGAUGGCCCCAGGAAAAUGAAAAUGAUACCCUGCACAACAGAACAGGAAGCCACCACUAUGUUCCAGAAAGAGAAAACUUCUACUAUUUGCAAGGCGAGAAAUAUGCUCUCCUUUGUGGCAACAGGACAGAUGCUAGCCAGUGUCCCGAAGGUUAUGUGUGUGUAAAAGAGGGCACAAAUCCUGAUAAUGGCUUCACGAGUUUUGACAAUUUUGGCUGGGCCUUACUUGCUAUGUUUCGACUGAUGACCCAGGAUUACCCUGAAUUACUUUAUCACCAGAUCCUUUAUGCUUCAGGAAAGGUCUACAUGGUAUUUUUUGUUAUGAUCAGUUUCUGGUUUGCCUUUUAUAUGGCAAGUUUGUUCUUAGGCGUACUCAUUAUGACCUAUGAAAAGGAAAAGCAGAGAGCUUCUGAGAAAUCCAGAGACACAGAACCUAAAUUUCAAUCAACUGUGAAAGACCAAGAAGAAGGAAAUGAAGCAAUUGAGAUAAAAACUACACAAAUAGAAAUGAGGAAAAGAUCACCAACUUCUAUAAACACUACAUUGGAUGUGCUGGAAGAAACCACGCUUGGACACAAAGAAGAACCAGAAAUGUCUAGGAAGAAAUGCCCACUGUGUUGGUAUAAGUUUACUAAAACCUGCUUCAUCUGGAAAUGCUGCCCCUGUUGGAUAAAACUGAGCAUAUUUGCUGACAGAAUUGUAACACACCCAUUUGCUGAUCUUUUCAUUGUCAUAUGCAUCGUUUUAAACAUCUGUUUCCUGGCCCUAUAUCAUUUUCCAAUGAGUGAGGAGCUACUGUAUCUCCUCACUAUUGGACACUUGGUUCUUCUUGGAAUUUAUAUAAUAGAAAUGAUUUUGAAGAUAGUCGCUGUGCAUCCAUAUGUGUAUUUCCAAAUAAGCUGGAAUAUUGUUGACACUAUAAUUGUCUUUAUUGGAUUAAUAGGAAUUUUAUUAAUAAAUAUUGAAGGAAUAGAUAUUUUUGUGUUAUUCCCAUUGAUAUUUAUUAAAUUGGGGAAAUAUGUGCCACCAUUUAAGAAUUUGAUGCAUAUCCUUGGCAACACAUUGGUGGCCCUGAAAGACUUGGUCCUGUUGCUGUUCAUAUUUGUUUACUUCUCUACUGUGUUUGGGAUGAAGCUCUUUGGUCAAAGUUACAAAGAUUGUGUAUGCCGCAUAGACCAAGACUGUCUACUCCCACGGUGGCACAUGAGUGACUUCCUCCAUGCCUACAUGACUGUGUUCCGAAUUCUCUGUGGAGAGUGGAUAGAGACAUUAUGGGACUGUAUGGAGGUUGUUGGCCAGUUUUGGUGUAUUCCUUUUUACAUGGUGGUCAUUUUAAUUGGAAAUUUAUUGAUACUUUACCUCUUUGUGGCAUUGGUGAGCUCAUUCAGUUCAUAUGAUGCUACAAUGGAAGUGAGCAAAGAAGCCAAAAACUUUCAGCUAGCCUUGGCCAGGAUAAAGAGAGGAAUAAACUGUGUGUUUCUUAAAAUACUGUGCAAAAAGGAAACUGUUCCUACGGAAGCAGCAGGCCAAAUAUGUGAUCCCAGUGUUAAAGAGAAUGUUUCUGGCCAUACUCUUUCUGAGCUGAGUGACACCCCAACAUUCCUCAAAUAUAACGAAAAGAGCAGUGGCACAGAGAAAACGCCAAUGACUGAAUCUGAGAGCCAGUCACUGAAUGUCAGUCCCAGUGUCUCAGGAACUGUGCCAAUUGCUUCAGGAGAAUCUGAUAUAGAAAAUCUGGAUAACAAGGAGACUCAGUGCAAGUCUAGGAAUGGAGACAGUAAAGAGAAAAUGAAGCAAUCUAGUUCAUCUGAAUGCAGCACGGUUGACAUUGCUAUCUCUGAAGAAGAAGAAAUGGUCUAUGAACAUGAAAAGCCAAAGCCCCAUAAGAAUGGUUAUGAACAAAAAUCUUCACCUGGUCAAGUCAGUAGGGAAUCUAGGAAUGGAAAGAUUUGGAAGAACAUACGGAAAACUUGCUGCAGGAUAGUGGAGAACAGCUGGUUCCAGUGUUUCAUUGGCCUGGUCACUCUGCUCAGCACUGGCACUCUGGCUUUUGAAGAUAUAUAUAUCGAUCAGCGAAAAACCAUUAAAAUCUUACUGGAAUAUGCGGACAUGAUAUUUGCUUACAUCUUCAUUCUGGAGAUGCUUCUCAAGUGGGUGGCUUAUGGCUUUAAAGCUUAUUUCUCUAACAACUGGUACAAGCUGGACUUCAUGGUUGUUAUCGUGUUUUGUCUGAGUUUAAUAGGAAAAUCUCGAGAAGAUCUGAGCCCACUUACUUCCAUAAAGUUCCUGCGAGCGCUCAGGGUUCUCUCUCAGUUUGAAAGAAUGAAGGUGGUUCUGAGAGCCCUGAUAAAAACAACUUUACCCACCCUGAGCGUGUUUCUGGUCUGUCUAAUGACUUGGCUACUUUUCAGUAUUAUUGGAGUAUACUUAUUUGCUGGCAAGUUCUAUGAAUGUAUUGACCCAACCAGUGGAGAAAGAUUCUCUGCAUUUGAAGUUAUGGAUAAGAAUCAAUGUGAAAGCCUAGUAUUUAAUGAAUCAAUGCCAUGGGAGAAUGCAAAACUGAACUUUGAUAAUGUUGGAAAUGGUUUUCUUUCUCUGCUCCAAGUGGCAACUUUUAAUGGAUGGAUAGAUAUUAUGUAUUCAGCAGUUGAUUCUGUUGAUGUAAAUAUGCAGCCUAGUUUUGAACACAACCUCUACAUGUAUAUUUAUUUUAUCAUCUUUAUUGUCUUUGGAUUAUUUCUCCCUCUGUGUAUGCUGAUCGGUGUUAUUAUUAGUAACUUCAACAAGCAAAAAGUUAAGCAGGGGGGCUCGAACAUCUUUAUAACUGUAACACAGAAAAAACAGUACCGGGCACUGAAGAAGCUCUUGUAUGAAGACUUUCAGAGACCAGCACCCCGCCCCGUAAACAAGGUCCGAGGCUUCAUCUUUGACCUAGUAACACAUCGUGUCUUUAAUGUUAUCAUCAUACUUCUUAUCUGUUUCCAAGCAACAACCAUUAUGAUACAAACUGAUGAGCAGAGUCCACAAAUGGAAACUGCUGUCUACUGGAUGAACUCCAUCUUUGUCAUUCUGUUCACUCUGGAAUGCAUACUGAAGCUCAGUGCCUUCCACUGCCACUACUUCACCAGUGCAUGGAAUGUUCAUGAUUUUAUGGUGGUCGUUUUCUCCAUUACAGGAUUAUUGCUGCCUAUGACAAUAGGACAACACUUUGUGCCUUCGUCGCUUGUACAACUCAUACUUCUCUCUCGGGUCAUCCACAUCCUGCUUCCUGGGGAAGGACCAAAGGUUUUCUACGACCUGAUGCUUCCUUUGAUGCUGUCCCUCCCGGCACUGCUCAACAUUAGUCUGCUCAUCUUCCUGGUCAUGUUCAUCUAUGCCAUCUUUGGAAUGUACAAUUUUGCCUAUGUUAAAAAAGAAGCUGGAAUCAACGAUGUGUCCAACUUUGAGACCUUUGGAAGCAGUAUGCUCUGUCUCUUUCAGGUUACAAUAUUUUCUGGUUGGGAUGGGAUGCUGAGUGCCAUUUUCAACAGCCAGUGGUCUGACUGUGACCCUGACAAAAUUAACCCUGGGACUCAGGUCAAAGGAGACUGUGGGAGCCCUUCUGUUGGGGUUUUUUAUUUUGUCAGUUACAUCCUCAUAGCAUGGCUGGUCAUUGUUAAUAUGUACAUUGCUUUGAUCAUGGAGUUUUUAAGUAUCCCUAAUAAGAGAAAAGCCAGGACCUUGAGCGAAGAUGACUUUAAGAAAUUCUUCCAGGUAUGGAACAGGUUUGACCCUGAUAGGACCCAGUACAUAGACUCCAGCAAGCUUUCGGAUUUUGCAGCUGCCCUCGAUCCUCCCCUUUUCAUGGCGAAACCGAACAAGGGCCAGCUUGUAGCUCUGGAUCUCCCCAUGGCUGCAGGGGACAGGAUCCAUUGUCUGGACAUCUUACUCGCCUUUACAAAAAGAGUCAUGGGAAAAGAUGAGAGGGUAGAGAAAAUGCUUUCAGAGAUAGAAGCUGGCUUUAUGUUAGCGAACCCUUUCAAAAUCACAUAUGAACCAAUCACAACUACUUUGAAACGCAAACAGGAAGCCGUUUCGGCAACCAUCAUCCAGCGCGCAUAUAAAAGUUACCGCUUAAGGCAAAAUGACAAAAACGUACCAGAUAGCCCUAUAAUAGAUGACGACAGAGAUAAUGCUGCUUCCAAAGGGGCUCACUCUGACAAAGUCGAGGAAAAAGCAUCUUUUCAAACCCCAAUCUAGUUGCACUGCACACUUCUACUUUCUUCACAUAUCCCCAAACACGGAAAGCUUAACUAAGCACGAGCAUCAAUCAGAGAGCAGAGAUGAUGAUCACAACUCUGUGCCCGCAUGUCUUCAUGGCAAACUGAGUUUUAUAUUCAGUCUGCCGAUGCAUCGGGAAGGACAGCAGCACUUCAGGAUUAAUGUAGGCUACUGUUGUGUUUUGGCUAUCUUUUUUCUACAUGGCCUGCCUGGUGUUUAGUUCCAUGAAGUGAGAUUGUGCUUCAGACAUAGGGAAAUACUGAAUUAAAUCACAAACAUUCAUAAAUAAAUGUUGCUCGCUUGAAGGGAAAGUGCAGUUCUUCAGAAAGUGCCUUUCAGUUCCGUCAUAAAGAAGUUUUGGCUGAUUUAUGACAUAUAUUUCUUAAAAUGUUUGGCUAAACACCCCC